AUGCCCGACAUCAAGCUCUUCUUCACCCCAGGCGCCUGCUCCCUAGCACCGCACAUCCUCCUCCACGAAACCAACCUAGACUUCACACCCCUCCUCAUCAAGCCAAACGGUCUGGAAGUCGACUUCCCGUCAGACUACAAGGCGUUGAACCCCAAGAUGCGUGUACCGGUGAUCGUUGUCGAUGGUGAGGUCGUCACUGAAGUCCCCGCCAUCUGCACGCUCAUCUCGCAACUAUCGCCGAACAACAAGAUCAUGGGCGCGACGCCGCUCGAGACGGUUAGAAUCUACGAGUGGUUGAAUUAUCUUUCUGGGACUGUGCAUGCGGCGGGGUUUGGGCUUUUGUUCAGGCCGUGGCGGUGGACGGUUUCGGGGGAUGAGGAGGUUCAUGUAGGGAUUAAGGAGAAGGCGAGGGAGAAUAUACGGGCGGCCUUUGAGUUGAUUGAGGGGCGGUUGACCGAGGAGAGUACGUUUGCUCUUGGUGAUGAACUCACUGCUGUUGAUGCGUUUUUGUAUCCGUUGUAUCGAUGGGCUGUGGUUUCUGCGUUCGAUCUGGUGCCGUACCCUAAGCUGGGGAGUUUGAUUCGAAGACUGGAAGGGAGAGAAAGUGUGAGGAUUGUGCUUGAGAAAGAGGGAUUGGAGAGGGUCACUGAGCUUUGA